GCCAGCAUGUAACGGCGAAGUAUCAAUGGGGGCCCAUUUAUUUCACAUGGGAAUCAGUGUUCAGUUUUACUUGGUUAUUUAACAACUUACUAGAGAAGGAAAUAGAUUUAAUUUAAAGAACCAUUUAAUUUGGCGCAAUAAAAGCGAUUUGUUCACUAAGUUUGUAUGGUAUCAAAUACAUUUCAAUCAGAAAAAUGUACCAAUGAGGUCGAUGUGUACUACCGCAAAGAACCAGGAAUAUCUUUGUUAGUGCCUUCGCAGGGUUGUUAUUGCAUGCAUUCAGAUGUUCGAAGAAGGGGGCCUUAGCGUUUGGCGGAUGUAUGCACCUUCCUACGUAUUUUUGUUAACCCGGGAAUUCCUGUAAAUUCCCUGAAACUUUCAACCGACAUUCACGAUUUUGUUACAUUGUUUUGUGGUUCGCAUAAGGAUCAAUAACGAAAAAUGUCGUACGCAGGUGCAGCGUUUGUUGCGCUUGGUGUUGCGUUUGUAUCAUUUUUGAUGUAUUAUAUGAGUGGAGAACGAGAACAAGAACAACAAUACCAUCAGUCAUACUCCAACGGACGAGAACGACAAAGAUCCAAUUCGUCGUACAACGACAAGAGAUCAUCUUGUUACGGAAAUUCAGCACAGCAAAUGAGAGAUAAGCUACGAACAGAAAACUGUACAAUAUGUUUAGAACCAUUGUGUAUCGGGUUAACAGCCGCGUUGCAUUGCAAUCAUAUGUUUCAUACUGAAUGUAUUAUACGUUGGAGAACUGACUCGAAUCAGCAAUCUUGCCCGAUCUGCAGAAAAAGAUUUACAAAUCGAGACCCGGUUCAUUAAGACAGCACUUAUUAAUUAGUGUUGGAUGCUAAUGACGGAAUAAGUGUUCAAGCAGUGCAGCUUUGAUGACUUCUUAUAAGUAGCUUAAAUAACUAAUAAGUCUAAUACAGUUUAAAGUAAUACUAGGUAAUUACUACAGAGAGAUACAGAGCAAUUGAAAGAUUAAUAAGAUUUAUACCAGCAAAUUUCGUGUAGUAUAAUCUAGUAAAUUUUGAAAAAUACUGUGUGUGUAUAAAAGGAUUGAGUUUAUUUAUUUUUUGCUCCCGUGGUCUUAAUUAUUGAUGUUGGUAAAAUAAUUUGACAAGAAAUGUAGUAAAUAAUCCUUUAAAAUUAACUGGUAAUAGCGUGAUGGUCGGAUUGGUAUCGAACAUUAGUACAGUGUUCCUGUGUUACAAAAGAGGAUGAUACAAUUGAGUUUGUACAAUAACUAAACUCUUACUUUUUGAUAUUGUAAGUUGUUUAUUCAAUAAGUUUUUAGUCAGAGAACAAGCUACUCAAAGGUUGGAAAAAGGGGAAUAAAGGUUUAUGUAAAGAUUUUAUGUGACGCAAACUUGUUUCAUGGACUUAGCUAUGAAAAUUAUUAUAGACUGCUACAUUUUUAUUAUAUUGGGAAUGUUUUCUUUGUCGCACGCAAUGAAUAUGUGUCAAGUAACAACUUUAAUAUGUAGCAUCAUCUCAAACCUUUAAAAUUAAGUCAUAUCUAUUUUCAAAAAAACGCUUUGUUAUAUUUUUGCAAAUUUCGUAAGUUAUUUUAAGAAAAUCAUCAUGAAGAAAAUUCUUUGACAACUUCCUUUUUGGCAAAAAUUAAUUAUAACAUAUCUGUAAGGUUAAGUUAACAAUAAUUGUAUAUCUAAUUUUAAAUAUAGGAACAUAGGAAGUUUGUUAGGUAUAAUAACUAUAGGCAGCGGACUUUAUACAUGUACGACAAAACAGUGAUAUAGAUAUUGUGUGUCCAUCAUUACAUAAAAAAAUUAUUAUCUUCAAAAUAAUAUGAAAGUUUUGCAUCUAUGAAAUUAUUUUUACAAAAGUGUAACAAAAAUUGACCAUAUAUUAUUUAUACUGUUAAUAAUAACGUUUUUCCCACUUUCGAGGGUACGUCCUCAAAUUGUGUUCAUCUAUCAUACAAUAAACUAACAGAAAUGUUCAGCUUAGUAAUAGACUAAUAUUAUCGACAUUCAUCUUUCGUAGUUAACAGGAUUAUUGCACGAUUUACUUUUUAACUGUUGAUCUGAAACUAUAAUGUAAACUAAAUUAUAACUUGUACAGUUUGCAAUAUGGAUUACAAAAGAAUAAGAAAAUAUAAAUUAAGACUAUGCUCUGUAUGCAAAACGAACUCUGUAUGAACCAGUUAAGUCGCUGUUGGAAAUUUUUAAACGUUAAUAAAUAUGUCCUUUUUUAAUAUCA